AUGGUUCACAUACCCUGCUCCUGUGUACAUGUAUGUACGCGUAUGUACGUGUGUACACAGAAGAUGGUAGAAUGGAAAAGACGGAGGGGCCGGGAACACGGUCGCGUUUUCAACGCCACCGAUGCAACAAUGGAGACUCCGAUCCGAGGAUCGAGACCGGCACAAUGUGCCGCUGACGUGUUUAUAUAGCUGCCGUAAAUGGGAGAGGUUGGGAGAGGCUGGGCGAGGCAUACACGGCGAGACCGUGUGUUGCUCGAAAGGGCUUGCCCUUGCAGAGAUUGGCAAAGUAGACGAUACUGGGAACUGUCGGAGACGAACCGCGGUGACGAACAAACACGGAGAAAACGAGGAAGAACCGCAGCAAAAGAAAGAGAGUGGCCGGCUCUUCUUGCUGACUGCGCGCAGAAGAGAACCUAGUUUAACGCGGGCUUUAACCAAUUCAAUUCAUAGGCUCGGGUUAAGCCAGGAUUUGUGGCUUAGCACUGAUGGUGUUUGCUACCACCACGAGAGAUUUAACUGUUUCUGCGGCAAACCGUCCUCGGACCGCCAGCCAGGUACAGACUGUUUUGCAUACAAGAAAUCAGUUGGUAGGUGGGUUGCAAACUCAGAUUGGUCACUCGGGUAUUUUGCAGGUUUACCGUGUUCUCUUAGAUCUGAAAAGGGCCUUCAUAAGAAGCCAUUCAUACAAGUGUCCCCACUCUUUACCCAGGCCCGCUCUGAAAUCCCCACCCCCGUGGAGUACGAAGGUUACGACUGUGGAAGAAACGACAUUGUGUCGGUACCAGAAGAGCCGACGAAGAAAGUGUUGGAGAGUACGAAGUCAUCCUCCCAGUUGAACCAGAACAGUCAUCGGGAGGAAACCAGCUGGUGGGUGGCGGAAGAGGGUGGGCAUCAAGAUAUAAGAGAGCGUGACAAGGGUGUAGCGGUGGCGGGUGAGCUGGCUUGCCUCGCGGGUUACAUGGCAGGGUACUUGAAGGCGGCGGGGGCUACUUGCGCCCCGACUGGGACUCCUCAGUACCAUGCCCAUGGUCACCCAGCGAUGGGGGUUGGCACUCAUCCGCACCCGCAUUCACACCCGCACCCUGGAGCACCUCAUCCGGGGUUACAUUCACCUUUCACUCUUACCACGCAUGGUCAUCCACAUCCACAUCCGUUGGAGCACGGGCUGGCCGCUUUUCCUCAAGGGAUGAAUCAACGGAAGCAACGCCGUGAACGGACCACGUUCACCCGAGCUCAGUUGGACGUGUUGGAAGGACUUUUCACUAAAACAAGAUAUCCAGAUAUCUUCAUGCGAGAGGAGGUGGCGCUGAAGAUCAAUCUGCCUGAAUCACGAGUACAGGUAUGGUUCAAGAACCGUCGAGCUAAAUGUCGACAACAACUGCAACAGCAGCAGCAGCAGCAAACCUCGCCCUCGAAAGGAUCUCCGCGGUCCACUCAAAGCCAGAGCAACGGAAACAACGGCAGCAAGAUGUCGACGAGUUCGUCGACGGCACCCAGCCGACGCUCGUCGCCGGUCUCGCCGCCGCGUGGCAAGGAGGCACCGGGUCCGAACUCACCUCUGUUGUCCACGACUUCGACGUACCCGCGUCUCGGCGUGACGCCGACCGGCGGAAGCGGCGCGAACAGUGCCAUGACCACUCCGUCGCCCCCGUUAACUCCAGGCUCGAGUCAACUGCCACCUUCGUCGUAUCCGCCAGCGAUGAACCAGAUCCAUCACGGCGAAUACGGCUUCACAUGGAGUUCAGCGUCGCCGGGCUCGGUGAACCCGAGCCAAUGUUACGCUGGACAGAGUUACAACGCGUAUCAGAACCCGUACACCAGCGGCGACUACUAUCAAACCCAGAUCUCGCAUAUGCAUCACAGCCCCCAAGGGAACUACCACCAUCCGCAGUAUCACCACAACAUGACGUUAACGUCCUCGAUGUCGCACUUGACCAGCCACCAUUUGAACCCGACCAGCAGCAACGACAUGACCACGUCGCCAUCGGACACCGACGGUUACAUACUGCCUGAUCAAAAGUACCAGACGAUGGUAUAGCGGUCCAGCAGGUCGUCCGGGAUCUUUCAUCGCGGUCAGGAAGGCACGGUAACGGCUGGAUCAUUCGCAGCGUACAACUGGCGCUUGAAUUCUACGGCGAACUGUUCCGAGAUGAACGGUAACAUCGAUUCUGACGAUAACUGAUGGACGCGCAGAUAAUAAUGACGACGAUGAUGAUAAUAAUAAUUGGUUUUCUUCCUUCCUUCUUAUUUCUUUAUUUCUUUUUGUCGAGGCAACACUUCUUUUUCCGAAACGUCGGGACGAUUGUUCGUCGCGAGAGAUCGCUUUCUUUCGCGAGUUUCGUAGCUGGGAAUCUCCAGCUCGGGCAAGUUGAGGAGCUUGGAAUAGACAACACAUCGUAGUUAAUAACAUGUAUAUUUCAUAAUAUCGUUGCAGAUUUAUAUUUCCGUAAUACAUAUUUCGUAAUGUUUACGAAAGAUUUUUCUUUUUUCUUUUGAGGGGAACUUUAGAUUCUCGCGUGCCCAACAUAUUUCUUGGUUUUUCACAAGAAUUUUUCUGUUAACAUUGUCAGUCGCGUUCCAACGAUCGUUCCUUCGUAUUU